AUGUUACCUUCAGGCGCCCUAAAAAAGAAAGCAACGAGUGGCGCCGAUGUCUUUCGCAAAAAAGAUAAAGAUCGCACCGGCGGAAAAUCUGGAAACAAAAGCAAUGGCUCGCCUUCAUCCCAGCCAACUCGGCCAACACAAAAUUCAAUGCCAACCCGUGGUCAAGGCAAUUUGCCCUUGCCAUCAGCUCCUGUGGUACUCGAUCUUCAUCGCUUUGCUGAUGACACUUUAAAUCCAGAAGAUUACGUACGUCGCUCAUUAUCUGAUACAAACGAAGAAGGAAUUCGUACAUUUCACAAGUCACUUGCCGAAGCAAAGCAGGUGGUAGGAGGUGAUUUGCAGCGCAACGUUUAUCGAAACUACACAGAAUUCGUCACUAUUUCAAAAGAAGUAUCCAACCUCGAUGGCGACGUAUUCCGCCUAAAAGGCUAUAUCAACGAAUUGAAGAGCAUCUGGGAAGGUUUUGUUGAGGAAACGAAUCCUACAGAAGAAAUCAAACCUACAGCAGUGUUGCCGCAACGGAAGCAUACGGACAUCAUGACUACUGACUUGCAAAGUAUCUACCGAGCUCAGAUAUCCGCAUUAUGGGAUAACGUUGAAGGAUCUCAGAGAUUUGUCCCUUACACGCCCGGACGCCAUAUCGUUCGAGAAUGCGUCAAUUUUCUGGAUAUCAACCCCAACACCUUGCAACCCCGUGCAGCAGUACAUAUCUUUCUGCUCAACGACUGUCUGCUUAUUGCUUCUCGCAAAAAGAGAUCUGCUACUUCACGAUACAAGCUGGUUGCUGAUUACUGCUGGAGCUUGGAGGAUGCAAGCGUUACGGAUAUCAACGAUUCACAGGGCUUGAUCAAUGCCAUCAAGAUCUCGGUGUAUCCCAACACGUUCGUAUAUCGAUCCGAACGACCAGAAGAUAAGUUCGCUCUUCUGCAUGCCUACCGACGCACAAUGGAUGAAAAUGGUGAUAGGCAUGAGGAUCAGCCUAAUUCAAGUGACAAUGCAAAAGACGGCAAGGAUGCAGAAAUAAAUCCCGCCGAUCAAAAAUGGCUCAGCUAUUUACCCGAUGAACUCGAAGUCGCAAUUGCUCUGAGACAAUUUGAGAACGCAGUGAAGGAUAUCGAACAAGCGCGCAAGCUUUUCAGUUCGUACAAAAGAGAGACGCCGUUGCUUCGAGAGAGUAAACGACAAGUCGACAAAUACACAGAGUCAUUAUCAUCCAUUAUUAGCCACGACCUGAGCAACAUUUUAUUGACAAAAAUUCAAUUUCAACGACUCGUCAAUUGGCUAUUGCGAUUGGAUAAAGGAGAAGAGGCACGGGAAGUAUUUCUGAACACACGAUCUCUCAUUAUCAAAAAGCGGAUAAGACAAUUGACGUUUGAAGGAGACAGCACAACGUAUAUCAAUGAGUUAGCAUUGGUCGUGUUUACACUCGUACGAAACACGUGUGAGUGGUAUCGCGACUCUUUCAAGCAAAAUGAAAUGGCUUCUCGGUUCAUUACCUGGGUGCGUGAGCAGACUGAAAUCUACGCUGACAUUUACAAGCGUCAGGUGUUCAAUCACAGCCAAUUGAACUGCCAGAUAAUUGCAGACUGCUUCAAGUCUACAUUGGAUCAAUGUUCUAUCCUCCGGAAAGUGGGACUUGAUCUAAAGUUUUUGUUGGAAGACUUUUUCUUGGAAAACGUGCGCGAAACGAUCCUGGCGUACGAAAAGAGAUGCAUGGAAAAGGCUGAUAAAUUUGUGGCAGCCGAUAAUUUCUCGAUCGUGUCCAGCCAAAAUUUGGGUAAGAAAUAG